AUGGAGGCGCUGCUCCGCCCGAGCUCCAGCGGCAUCUCGCCAAAGAUCAGCACGAUCCUGCAGUCGCACGUGUACCCGCGGUUCGGCCGCGUGCUGCGCGCCCUCGCCCGGGUCAAGUCCGCGCUCCUCGACGCCCUCGGCAAGACCAAGUGGGGCACGCGGCGGCGGCGGAGGAAGCAGCUGCAGCAGCACCGCGCGAAGAAGAGGAGGAGCAGCAGCAGGCAUGGCGGCUGCAGUUUCGCGAAGAGGCCGCCGCAUCUCACCUGGUCCGGCGGCGGCGGCCUGUCGCCGGCUCGGACCGCGGCCGAGAUGGCGCUGGACGUGGACUACCACGUGUACCCGUCCUAG